ACUAUUGAUCGAUCAGACGGGUUUGACAUGCGCUGUAUAUGAUCUAAGCCCACGCUCGAUCCCGCAAUCUCAGCUUAAAUAGAGAUAUUGGCUUAAUGGUGGAUGUUUAUUUCUCCUCAGUCUGAGAAAAUCGUUCAACCCCUUAUCAACUGAAGUAUGCGGCCGAGGUUACAUUUCUGCUUCCGGGUUUAAUUGCACCAGUCAUGAAUCGACUGAUCCCUUUAUUGAGGACUUCCCAGGUUUCACAUAGAAAGACUUCACUAUACGGGGCGUUUGCGAGGCGUCUCAGUGGAUUUCAAAUAGAGAAGAUAGACCAUUUUGUUAUCACAGUGAAAGACAUCGACAAAACAUGCGACUUCUAUUCCAAGGUUUUGGGAAUGGAAGUCACCACUUUUAAGGGUAACAGAAAAGCCUUAAGUUUCGGUUCCCAGAAAAUUAACAUUCAUGAGCAUGGAAAGGAAUUUGAACCCAAAGCUCACCUCCCUACCCCCGGGUCAGCAGACGUUUGUUUUAUCACGCAGGAAAAUUUAGAUUCCGUCAUCAAACAUUUGAAGAAAUGCAGUGUGGAUAUAACGGAAGGUCCGGUUGAUAGAACGGGAGCCAAAGGUCCCAUCCGGUCCGUGUACUUCCGGGACCCUGACAAUAACCUCAUAGAAGUAUCAAAUUACUGAUCAUUAUCAAAUCGAGAAAAGCUACACAAAUACAUAAUAAACAGUGAACAAUUGACGAAUUCAUAAACUGAUGUUAAUUCGUAGACAUACGCACUAUGAGUGUAUAACCAUUCCCACUUUUACCAACAUUUAUAUAUAUUAAACAUGAAUGUAUAGAUGAAAAAUGAAUGAUGGUUGAGAACAAUAUAAUAAAUCUUGUCGUUUUCAUGGUCGGAAACCACCAAUCUCA